AUGCCUGCCUGUGAUGUGGUGCUGCGUUCUCAGGAAGGGGUGUCCUUCACGAUACCGGCCGCCAUUGCUUGGGAACAGAUCGGCCUUCUCAAGGCGUUGGCCGAGCUCGAUGAGGGUGGCAGUGCGGAGAUGCCGCCCGUGGAACUUGACUACACCGAACGCGUGGUGAAGUUUGUGGUUGAGUACUUGCAGAAGCCCGAGAAGCGAAGCGUGGAGAUCCCAAAGCCGCUCACUGCCUCGCUUGGGAACUUUGUGGAUGCCUGGGAAAUGACUUUAGCGCGGGAAAUUGAGAGGCAUAAACUCCUGAUUCAGGUGUUGGAGUGUUCUAGUUACCUGCGCAUUGGGGAGCUGCAUAAUCUGCUUGCCGCCUUCGUGGCGGAGCGGAUUCAUGAUAUCUCAAGGGCGGCACCGUCUAUUAUGGAGGGGGCCGAACGCCUGCGUCAAUAUCUUCAGCUGGAGAAUGAGUGGACGCCGGAGGAGAUGGUGCACUUGGAGGAGGAGAUGCAGUACGCCGCGAAGGCGAACCCCGGCGCCUACUAA